UAUAAAUUCGUAUGAAUUUCAAUAAAACUGUUUGCCUGCUAUGCCCCUCAUUUCGAAGAAAACAUCCCAGUCGAAUGAAAUCGGUCAAACGAGAAAGACCUCCUCUACCCACAGAUGGCAGAUUUGAAAAGUGUUUGUUUGUUUGUUUUGGUCGCGGUUUCUUUGCUCUCGUGCGAGGUUCAAGCGAAGGGACAGCGACCGAAUGGCAACGGGAACGGGAACGGCGGACAGUGGGUAUUCCCCAAUCCCGAGCCGGAGCCAAGCAGACCCCCGCCGCCACCCUGCGGUCAGCCCCCAGAUGGACCCCCGCCUCCAGGUCCACCUCCGCCUGGUCCGCCGCCCGGUUGUCCAGGAGGUCCACCCCCGCCUCGGAGACGACACCAAGGUCACCGCCAAUGGAACCCACAUCGUCCGCCUCCCGGUUACCAUAAGAACUUUCAAAACAUAUUCCUGAGCACAGAGCAAAAGGUGGACACGGACAACUACAAUAAAACGGCUGAGGCAGAGGAUUUGCACGACGAUUUCAAUGGUCGUUCGAUUGUGGCGCCCGGACAGUACCCACACAUGGCCGCUCUGGGAUUCCGUAAUGAGAACCGCGAGAUCGACUACAAGUGCGGCGGAAGCCUAAUCAGUGAGUAUUUUGUGCUCACGGCCGCUCACUGUCUCACAACUCACGGCACCGCUCCCGAUGUGGUGAAGAUCGGGGAUAUCAAACUGAAGGAGUGGGAGAACGAUGUUGCCCCACAAAGGCGUCGUGUGGCGCAGAUUUAUUUGUAUCCAUUGUACAAUUCUACUCUGAAUUACCAUGACAUUGGACUGAUCCAAUUAAACCGACCCGUGGAAUACACCUGGUUUGUGAAGCCAGUCCGACUCUGGCCAAGGGACGAAAUUCCAUAUGGCAAGCUCCACACCAUGGGCUACGGCUCGACAGGAUUUGCCCAGCCCCAAACCAAUGUCCUCACGGAAUUGGAUCUGUCGGUGGUGCCAACAGAUCAGUGCAAUAGCAGUCUUCCCGCCGACGAGAGUUCUCCUCAGGGAAUUCUUUCAAGCCAGAUUUGUGCUCAUGACUACGAGAAAAAUCGUGAUACCUGUCAGGGCGAUUCUGGAGGACCUCUUCAGCUGAAUUUGGAGCGUCGACAUCGCCGCCACCGCAGCCGAAGGCGCUAUCGCUAUUACCUGGUGGGCAUCACAUCUUAUGGCGCCUAUUGUCGCAGUGAAUUCCCAGGAGUUUAUACACGCGUGUCGUCCUACAUCGACUGGAUUGCGUCUAUAGUGUGGCCAAAUUACUUCAGCGAGUUUGAUAAUCAGUAGUCAUUAAUAAAUUCAUAAAAAUAUGAUAUUAAUUUAUUUAUAAGCAUUUCUUUCUCCAUAUUUGUGCCAGGA